UAUUUUAACCUCUAUUUCGCACCAUAUCCCCGAAUUUUAUGUAUUUUUUAUUAAAAUUUUCGUAAAUUACAGACGUAAUUUAAGUGAAAUGUUCAAAAACACGUUCCAGAGCGGAUUCCUCUCCAUUCUGUACAGCAUCGGCAGCAAACCGCUUCAAAUUUGGGACAAAAAGGUGAAAAAUGGUCACAUCAAACGAAUCACCGACGAAGAUAUCCAGUCUCUAGUCUUGGAAAUAGUCGGUUGUAAUGUUAGUACGACUUAUAUCACUUGUCCGGCAGAUCCACGUAAGACUCUGGGUAUAAAAUUGCCUUAUUUGGUGAUGAUAGUAAAAAAUCUGAAGAAGUACUUCACGUUCGAGGUUCAGAUAUUAGACGACAAGAAUGUUAGACGAAGGUUUAGGGCUAGUAAUUACCAAUCAACCACCAGAGUAAAGCCUUUUAUCUGCACUAUGCCCAUGCGGCUUGACGAAGGCUGGAAUCAAAUACAAUUUAACGUAGCUGACUUCACAAGGAGAGCCUACGGUACAAACUACGUAGAAACCUUAAGGGUACAGGUCCACGCAAACUGCAGAAUACGUAGGGUUUACUUCUCAGACAGAUUGUAUUCGGAGGACGAGCUUCCAGCUGAAUUUAAGUUAUUUUUACCUAUUCAGAAUAAAACCAGAACCAGUGUGGCAGCUAAUAGCUAAUGUUAGCUAAAUUUAUAGACAGUAUUAAGAGACUGUAAGUCUUCUUUUUGUACUUUUUUUUUCUUUAUGAAUAAUAUGAAAUGGUGCCUUGUGUUUUGUGUGUAUUUUUUUGAAGUAUAGUUUCAAAUAAGCACAAAAUUAUUUUUGUUUCGAUGUAAAUUUUAUUUAUGUAUAAUAAAAAA